UUAUAAUAAAUAUGGUUAAAACUCCAAUAAAAGUCAUAGUGCGCACACGACCAACUGUUGAAUUUGCAUAUAAGAACAUCAAUAUCAACGAAAAUACGGGACACAUUGCAAUUAAUAUACCAAAAUCAGCUGAACAAGGUAUGAGUCUUGAUUUAACAUAUCAAAGGAUUUGUGAAUCAUUAGUAAGAAGAUUGGGGCUUCACUUUUGAUAAGGUUCUUUAGAAUGCAAGUCAAGAGGUUGUAUUUGACAUAUGUGGGAAAGAAUUAAUUCACAGUGCUCUGGGAGGAUAUUCUGGCACCAUAAUGGCCUAUGGUUAGACUGGAGCUGGAAAGACAUUCACAAUGAUGGGAUCUCAGAUUGAUUAUAAAUACAGAGGAAUGAUGCCAAGAUGCAUAAGUUUACUAUUUCAAGAGAUAGAAGCCAGAUAUGAAUAAUAAAUUACCGUAGGAGUUUCAUAUUUGGAGAUUUAUAACGAAAUGAUGUAUGAUUUAUUGGCAGGAGGAGAUUAAAAGUAAAUCAAUAUCUAUCUUACAAUAGCUCUGGUUUGGCAAUCCAGGAAGACAACAAUGGCUAUGUGUAAGUCAAAGGCUUGACAAUCAAAAGGUGCUAAACCGAAGAGGAUGCAAUAGCUUAAUUAUUUGAAGGAGAAACCAAUAGGACAAUCAGCGAACAUAAACUCAAUAAAGCAUCAUCUAGAUCUCAUUGCGUAUUUACAGUCCAUUUAGAGAUAAGAUCUAAAGUAGAAUCUGCUGAAAAAGUCAUUAUUAGUAAAUUGAACCUAGUGGAUCUGGCAGGAUCUGAAAGAACAAAGAAAACAGGAUCAGAGGGUAGAACUCUAUUGGAAGCCUAAUUUAUCAAUAAAUCACUCUCAUUUUUAGAAUAAGUAGUCGUUGCAUUAUCAGAGAAAUAAAGGGAUCACAUUCCCUAUAGACAAAGCAAAUUGACAAAUCUUCUCAAAGAUUCAAUUGGAGGCAACAGCAAGACUGUUAUGAUUGCUAAUAUAUGGCCAGAGAAAAAUCAAUUGGAGGAAACUAUAUCUACUUUGAAAUUCGCAUAAAGAAUGAUGAAGGUCACUAAUGAGUCUUCCAUAAGAGUUAAUUUGGAUCCAUAAGUAUUGAUAAAAAAAUACGAAAAAGAAAUCAAAGAUUUGAGAUAGGAAUUAGCUAUGCAUGAUACUUUGGCUAAUAGAGGUAGGAUAUAAUAUGAACCAUAUACACCUGAACAAUAAUACAAAUAAUAAUAGAUAGCCUAACAAUUUUUGAAUGGGGAACUUGAAGAUAUCGAUAUUGACUCAUUAAGAUAAGUCAAAGAAUUAUUCUUCCAAUUUAGGAAUCUCUAUAGAAAUUUAGUUAAAGAUUUGGAAAAUAAAAAUUACAUUCCUAGAACAGAAAAAGAACCUGAUGUUUCAAAGAAGAAGAGUGAUUAAGUUAAAACAGUAGAUCCUGUUGGGUAUGAAGAAAAUAAACAUGGAUUUGGUUUGGGUAAGGCGAGAAAAGAUGGGAAACCAACAACCAAUAUAGAGAACUUAGUCAAUAUUCCUAAGGAUGAAUUCAAACAGCUAGAUGAAAAGGCACAAUAAGAAAUAAGGAAGGAGAGUUAAAUUACAGAGGCUAACAAGGAAUCUACUAUAGAAAAGAGAAUUGUCAAUGUGGAUAAAUAGCAAGCAUUUACUGAUUUUAAGAGUAAAGAGGGUUCUUCAAUUAAUCAAUAGAUAUUAGAAAAUAUUGUAAAAAUUAUAGGAUCUAUCAUUAGAAUCAAUUGAAAGAGAAGAAGGAUAGCAUUGUGUCUCAGUCAGAGAUUUCAAACAAACUCAAAACCUUGAUAGAACAAAGGAAGGGAAUGAUUGCAUAGAAAUAAUAGAAUAAAAAUUAGGAAGUAAGAGGAUAAUUAAAUGAUUAUAGGAAAUCGCAUAGGGAAUCAUAGAUGAGGAGGAAUAUUAAAUUUUAAAAGAAUUGAAGGAUCUAAAAAAGUAAUUAAAGUAGAAUCAAUCAAAUAUACGAACUUUGAAAUCUGAGAUUACUGAUUUAGACUAAAACAUCAAUUAAGUAUUGUGUGUUCAUUAUAUUUUAGUCAAAAUAAACGUUGGUUCAAAAAUUUGAGGAACACUUCCUCAAGAAGUAUGGAUUAACUUUGUAAGACAUCAACAAUCCACUUGUGAAUUAAAAAGAGGAGGAGUAUUCAAUUAAUGAUCCUUCAGAGUAGGAUGAUGUGGAUCAGGAUGCUUUGGCAUAUAUAAGAGCUAAGAAUAAGGUUACAUAACUGCAGAAGGCUAGAAAAUAAGAAAAGAUGCACAAAUGA